GAUAAGCCAAUUAUUACUGAAGAUUCUCCAUUUGAAAAAGAUUCUGAAGUAUCUUCUGAUGAUGAAGUUAUAAAAUAUUAUCUAAACCUAAAAAAGACGCAAAGCAACUGCAAAGAAAAUGGCUAUACAAAAUGGCAAUAUUAUUACGCAAUUUUUUUUCCUGCACAGAACAAACCUGAUAGACAUGUGGAUGAUGCUCAUUUAAAUGAAUCAGAAAGUCAUGAUAAUAUUG